AUGAGCCUCCACACCAACACGUGUUUCUUACAAACUCUCAUGCAUGUAGUGAUAAUGCUGUUCAUCUCACCAUUUGCCACUACAUGUCAAGCUCGAAUCGAUCUUAUCUCCAGCUUCCAUCUCAAUCUCUCAUUUGGAUCAUCAUUAUUAGUCACCCGAGUUGAACCCAAGAAACCAUAUACUGCUUCUACUUCUAUCUCUCAGUUUCAUAACCCGAUGGAUUUGUUUAACUCGAUUCUGAAUCUCGUGGUGCCACCGGCGAGUAUGGUGUUGCUGGCUUUCUCUUGGCCUGCAUUGUGUUUCAUUAGUGCUUGCGAGUGGCUUUACAACCAGUUCAAUGGUGAAAAUAUGGAGGACAAAGUUGUUAUAAUUACUGGAGCUUCUUCUGGCAUAGGGGAGCAAAUUGCAUAUGAAUAUGCAAAGAGGAGGGCGCAGCUUGUAUUAGUGGCAAGAAGAGACACCAGGCUGCGAGUGAUUGCUGAGAAUGCAAGGUUCUUGGGUGCCAGGCAUGUUUUGAUUAUUGCUGCGGAUGUUGUCAAGGAGGAGGACUGUAGGAGAUUCAUUAAUGAAACCAUAAACAUUUACGGCCGAGUGGAUCAUCUCGUGAACACAGUAAGCUUAGGACACACUUUCAGCUUUGAGGAAGUUGCAGACACCUCUGUGUUUCCCCAGCUGUUGGACAUAAAUUUUUGGGGAAAUGUUUAUCCUACAUAUGUUGCUCUUCCUUAUCUGCGUCAAACCCAUGGAAAAGUCGUCGUGAAUGCUUCAGUUGAGAGCUGGUUACCUUUGCCGCGAAUGAGUUUAUAUGCUGCGGCAAGGGCAGCUCUAGUCAACUUUUAUGAGACACUGAGAUUAGAAGUAAGAGACGAAGUGGGGAUAACAAUUGCAACUCAUGGAUGGAUCGUUAGUGAAAUGUCGAGGGGCAAGUUCAUGGUAGAUGAGGGUGCUGAAAUGCAAUGGAAGGAGGAAAGAGAGGUAAAUGUGAGUGGUGGGCCGGUGGAGGAUUUUGCAAGGUUAAUUGUAGCAGGGGCUUGCCGAGGAGAUGCAUAUGUGAAGUACCCAAGCUGGUAUGACAUAUUCCUGCUUUACAGGGUGUUUGCACCAAAUAUACUGAAUUCGACAUUCCGCAUGAUUCUUCCUACUCAUGGUACGAGGAGAACUUCACUUGUGGGCACGGGGAGACCUGUUUCAUCUGAUGGUAGAAAUGGAAGGCCAUUGUUGGAAGGAUCUUCACCAAGGAGACAUCUUGCUAGUCCAACUUUCGGUUCACCCGGCCACCAGCACAAACUGGAAUAAUAAAUUGGAUUAGCCUUUGGGGAAGUAGUAAUGUUUGUAAGCACCAAUCUCUCUGAGUACUCAGCUUUGUUAUGUUGUGAUGUAUAGGUAGUGGCGUACAAUGCGC